AUGCCGAAACACAACGGCAAAGACAAAUGUCAUACGGUCAAAGGAGGGGAGGAGCCGAAGCUCGGCGGAUACGCUCGAAGAGAUGUGGCUAUUGUAUCGGAGCGAGCUGGAACGACUCGAGAUAGCAUAGAGGUCCGUUUGAAUAUUGCGGGAGUACCGGCAUCGCUGACAGACACUGCCGGCAUCCCACCUGCGCUCUUAACAACAGGUGUCCGUCCCCUCAUGGAUUCCCUGAAACAACUCGUGGAGAAUUUGUGUCCAGGUGAUAGUGGACCUUGCUUGACUGACACUCAGUUACUGAGCGAAGCUCGGGAGGAACUGGAAAAUGCUGCAUCUAUCCACGACGCUGCUUUGCUAUGUGAUCACCUAGAACGGGCUCCAGAUAUUUUUGGGCAAAUGGCUGGUUCGACGGUCAGCGAGGAAAUUUUAGACAAAAUGUUUAGUAUCAUUAAUGCAGAUUUCAUUGAUAAUUUCAGACUGGGUGGCUUAAAUCGAAGAGAUGCUAAAAAAAACUCUUCUUAUUAUGUGAAGAUGGAUCAUUUCUGGUCAGAGAUAGCCGUAGUGAAAAUCAUUUAUUCACUUUCAGCAACCAAUAUGAAAAUAAAACAUUACAUUCGCGAGUGGAGCUUAGCGGUCAAUACGCUCUUCAAGGAGGUCCGUCGUCUCUGCUAG